AUGGCAGACUUUGCUGCGCCCGGUGACAGCAGGCCUUCGCGUGGCACCGGCAAUGUAAGCGCCAAUUUCGAUGCCACCGACAUGACCGCUUUUACCGCGUCAGUGCUGGCGACCGAACAUCCUGCGGUAAUCGCUACUGCCGGCCUACACGCGGAUUUCAUGCAAGCGUACAUUGUUCAUAGUACUAGCCAAGACGUCCUCACGCUGAUCGAGAAAUACGCAAGCCUGUGCGAAGGUUACUUAUCCAAAGUGAGAAAAGUGACUGAGAUCUUGGCAUCUCGCAAGGGCGAGCCGGUGUGGAUGGAAGCCAUUACGUGCGAAACAUUGCUCACUAUUGAGCUAAACACUUGGAUGCUCACGGGUUCCCUCCUGCGUGACCGUCUCAAGGCGGACGAGUUAAUGAAAGAAGAUGCCGACACCACUAUCUUUGUCGACGGAUCUCGCGAAGCUAGCGAAUGGGAAAUCGUGGAGGCGCUUAUGGCGAGAGACUCGUUCGCACGCCGGGCGCAACUAGUGGUCGACUGGUUGGAAAGCUGCGUGGCACAUCAGCGCGGUGUGGGCAAUGACGACGAAAGGCUCGAGUGCUUUGCGGGCAGAGGCUCCGUCUGGAAAAACACCCUGCACCAUGUGAAGGCCUGCGCCGAUGUCGGUAGUGCACCGUCGUCUUACGUGACUGAGCUGGACCCGGACACGCCCUCUAGGGAGCGGCUACCGAUAAACAACCGCGACUAUGAAGACGAAGUCCGCCUCUUCCGCAGCGUAUUCUUUCACCUGCGAGCUGGCCAAUGGCAGCGAGCUCAAGAGCUUGCUGCCGACAACGGUCAUUAUUCGCUAGCCGCUGCGCUCGAAGACUGGAGGCCCUACCACGACCCGAAUAAUGGCAGCAUCAUGGGCGCUGACUCCAUGCAACCCGCCAGAGGCAACCUCUACCAGAACCUCUCGAAGUGCGCCUGCUGGGAAGCGGCGUCGAAUCCCACGUGUUCUCUGUACGAGCGCGCCGUGUAUGGUGCUCUGUGUGGAAACGUGCAAGCAAUGCUGCCCGUGUGUACCACAUGGGAGGACAAACUCUGGGCUCGCAUGCGCGCUGUGGUCGACGUGUGCGUGGAGCAGAAGCUUCGCACUGCCAUGCAGCAAGCUAGAAGCUUGGAACCGCAACCGCCGGACUAUCCCUGUGGCCGUGGAAUGCUUGAAGCCGUUUUCCGGGACCUGCAGGCGGCUGCGGGUGUGGGUGAGACGCGAGGCCAAAAGAUCACGCACAUUCUGCAGAGAGGUUUGGUGCUGGACGAGGCUGUUUCCACGAUCGAAGAGAUACACGACUGGGUAUCCGCGCAGGUGAUUGAACCACCGCUUCUUUUCAUGCGGUUUCUCGCUCACAUGGUACUCUUCCUGCGACAAGUUGGCCGCGAGACCGACACUGGGGCGUGCAGCGCUCUUUUUUGCACCUACGUAGACAGGCUCUUCGACGAGGGCCAUGUCCCCUUUGUUUCCACGCACGCAGCUACUCCACCGGCAAGCAACCAAGCCGCCAAGUACACGCAGCUUGCGCAGCCUCAAAACGAGAGACCCCGAAGAACAGGAGCUCUGCCUUGA